UUGUGGACUUUAUCGAGAAUGGACGACUUUUUUGGAUGACCUAAGCAUAGGUCAUUCGCAUCUUCUGAACUGGCAUGUACCUAAAAGCAUUCAUAAAAUCACUUAUCAACCAUUGUUAUUGAUGGCCCGAAGUUAUUUUAAUAUUUACUAAGUUUUUUCUAGGCGGUCGAGAUGAUUUUCCGAAAAAAAAACUUUUUCUAAUUCAAUCAAAGUGCCCUCGUAAUUAAUCAAAUGAAUGAAGAAAACAAUUUAAGUAUGAUAAAUCUCAACUGUUAUCGGUAUACCAAGCGCACCAUAUUGAGUUAUAUAUUUUUGCAACUUACACGAGAUGGUUUCUAUCAGCCGCGUAAAAUUAAAGAGUUUUAAAAUACGCAAAUUCAGCUGAAAAAAUAUUGAGUACUAUACAGACACUAACGGGUGCGAGAAAAUUUCAUAGUUUAUAUUAGACGUCGAAAGGAAUUUUUUUGAUAUUGGUUUCCCCAUAAAAAAUACCCUCGAUAGGUCAUCGCCGGAACCAUCAAGUAAAGGCUAUGAAAAAUGAGCAGUUUUAAAAAUUUCCAUUUCAUUUCAACUGAGGUUUGAACCCACUAUCAAAAAAGCACACGGUGACUAGUUGUAUUUGGUAUAUAAACGGAAUACUGAGUACCCCUUUCUUUAAUCAUACACUCUCAAGCGACUUAACCAAGCACUAUAGAAGUGAAUUAGUAAGACUUGAAUUGAGUUUUUUAUUUGCUUAGACUCUAUUCUUUCAUUUCACUUUUAACUGUGUCAGCGACUAGAGCAUAGCAGUUGUAUUAGCUUAAAGCUCACAAUGACGGACCAAAUGGUUACUCUUUCCUAUUUGACGCUGUUAAUAAUACUGAAAAUAUUAAUGUUGGCCCAUGCUGUCGGUAACGAAGAAAAAGAAAAUGAAGACGUAACCUGCCGGGCGCCAAACGGCUCGCCAGGAUAUUGUCUACUUUAUACAGAAUGUGCUAAUCUAACAAAUUGGAAAAUACAAAAUAAUAUACAAACUUCGAAUGAUCUGAAUAAAAUGUUUUGCCAAAAUGAUCAAGUCCACGUUUGCUGUAACCGAACCAAUUACUACUUCUCCGAUACCAAUUACAUAUCACAAUUAAAUCCUAAAGGCUUAGCAAUACUCGAGGAAGAAAAAUGUUAUCGACUAUCAGGGGAUCGUGUUUCCAAUGGAAAAUCUGUACGACUAGGUCAAUAUCCAUUUAUGGCAUUAUUGAAAUAUAUCGUUGAGGGUCGCCAAUUUUUAUGUGGUGGUACAUUGGUCACAUCCAGAUUCGUGUUGACGGCUGCUCAUUGUAAAACAGAUCAAUUGUUUAGUGUGCGCUUGGGCGAACAUGAUAUCUCUACAGAUGUGGACUGUCUUAGCUCCUCGAUACGCCUAUGUUUGCCGGAACCGGAAGAAUAUGAAAUCGAAGAAAUCUUCAUACAUCCUCAAUAUAUGAAUCCACGCUUAACGCAUGAUGUGGCCUUACUAAAACUGAAGCGUGAGGUUAAAAUUCAAGUACAUAUUAGACCCAUUUGUUUACCCAUUUCGCAACUCGUCUACGACCAUAGCGAUGAAAUACAAUACUAUACCAUUGCCGGCUGGGGACAUACCGAAAAUAGUUAUAGCACUAAUGUUUUGCAGCAUGCAGAAAUUCCCCAUCAACCACGUGAGGUUUGUCAGAAGAUAUUCGCUGAAUCCGGUGUAAAUAUCACCUACGAUCACAUUUGUGCUGGCGGUGAGAAUAGAAUCGAUACCUGUAAGGGCGAUUCUGGAGGCCCUCUUUUUGCAACUGUACCGUUUAAGACAUUCAAUUCCCUAAUAAUAUAUCGUCAAGUGCAAUUUGGUAUUGUUUCGUUCGGUUUGACCGGUUGUGGAGGUGAAAAUGUAAAUGCGGCGGCCUAUGCAAAUUUAAUGGAAUACAUGCCAUGGGUCACAGAAAUAAUAGGGAACAAUACAUGAGGAUCUGCUUGAUAUUUUUUUGAAGAAAUACAUAUUUAAAUAUAUAAUGUACAUAUUCGCAUAUGUAUAUAGAUACAUACAUAUUUAUACAAACAUCACUGGAAAUCUGGAAAAUAAUUAAGAAUAUCUUCGAAGAGAUUCACAUACCAAUUUUGCUUUACACAAAGUUUUCAAAGCUAAGCAAAGCAAAGCGAAGCUAAAUACAUUGGGCAUUUUCCAUUUGUUAUGUUUUGACAAGCAGCAGUCGUAAUUUUUUUACCUAUUUCUUUAUUUCUAUUAUGUUUUAAUUUAUAUCAAAACACAUUUUUAAAACAUGUGUCUAUGUUUAAUUUAACAAUAUUUAUUAAUCGCUUAAGAUGAAAAAACAAAACACGAAAUAUUAAAUGUCAGAAAGAAGCGCGAAGAGAAAAGCGGUCAUUCUAAAACA